CCUGUUCAGACUCGUUGCUAUUUUAACUUUCUAAAAUUAGAUAUACGUAAUUGGUCUGUCAUCAUGUUAAGACAUUUUGUGAAUGAAAUCUAGUUUUAUUGAUAUCUAACCUUAAGUAACCUACAGAGAGAGUGUGUUAAGGAUUUCUGUACAGGAUUUAUAGUCGAAGUCAUAAUUUUUACUGCGUCUCAGAAAUGGAAGCCCCCAAUUUAAGCAAUGAAGACCGCUUCACGGCACAGUAUCUUCUGCCAAACUGAUUGCCAGGUCUACAAGAUGAAAUGCUUCCGUCCAUAUAUGCUGCAUAUGCUCCAGAUCUCCAGCAUUCGUUUGAAGCUUUCGGUAAUGAAGUUGUGAGGUGGAGAGUUUGGUGGAAUAUCGCGGAAAGUAGACCACCUUGGCUGCAGAUUUGUACCCAUGUAUUUAUGGCAUUCUCGGAGUACUGUUGACAAUGCCACCGACAUCAGCAUCAUGCGAAUGAUCGUUUGGUGCUAUAUAUGAAGCGAAUCAAGAACUAUUUGCUGUCGACCAUGAGCACAGACAGGAUGUCAUCGUUGGCAUUACUGCAUAUUCACAAGGACAUGGACGUCGACAUUAAUAAUGUUAUGAAUACAUUCGCUUCAAGAAAGUGCAGGAAGCUUAACUUUAUCUGAAGCAAGUGAAGCCGGCCUUUGCUACAGAAAGUGUUUGAUUUAUCGAACAGUUGAUCAGGAUUCAGGAACAAUCAAUACAACAUAGAAACAAACUAAGUGAGAUCCUUCCUAAUAAAGACUCAAAGUUCCAACAAAACCACAGACAGACAGACAAAAGAAGAGCGAGAUAUACUCCAUAUACAACAUGCAACCAUGAUCAUAAGCACGGUAAAUUUCGUGAACAACUACAAGUUCAGUGACUAUAUUCUGGACCGUAUUUCGGAGGAGCAAGAGAAAUUGGAACAGCAGGGAGAGAAAGGCGGGCGACAUUCCCUCCAUCUACCACAUAAUCGAACAGAAGCGGACUUACAGCCACGAAGGCGGGCCCUAGUCAGGACCAGAACUUCCGAUGGGUCAUACAAAGCGCGGCCGCUGUCCAGCCCGCUAACCUCUCCCUACACAUGUGCUCAAAAUGACCACCCCUUGGUUACCAUAGAGACAUCAAACCAUUUCCGACUGGCAGCUGAUCUCACAAGUCUUCAUGUUAGCCUGAAGAAAAGAGACCAGCCAACUGUGAACAAUGUGUUCAGACAGAUAGAUUUCGGUCCAGAUGUAAAUGGAAAAGGUCGCUUGAUGGUUUUCCAGUUGCUUAGCAACCCCUUCUAUUACCUCGCAACAUCUAGUUACAGGCAUUUAGAGAUACAGAGCUACUGUGAUGACACCCUGGAUCGGGAAGUUCCAGAUGAGCGAUUCUUCCGAUGUUUCCACUCCGCUGUAGGGGCGGAACUCAUCCAGCCAUACGCCCACCCAGGAUAUUACAUACAUCACAUUGACGAUUUCGUGAAUGUACGAAAACUGGAGCUAAAUUUUCGACCACCAGAGGAGUUCUUCCUCGAUGUAAAAAUGUGUUCAAACGAAGAAAUCCAAAGACUUCUCAUCAGUGAAACUGACCAAUAUAAUACCAAUGCUCAACGUGAUAGUGAUGUCACUUCCGUUGAUUCAAAAUCAGGCUCAUUGCCAAGAACUGCAGUGCCUGAUAUAGACAAGUCAAGUUUGAAAAGAAAGGAGUCUAAGAAAUUGAAAGGGAAACCCAAGGACAGCCCUAUCACCCCGAAGGCCAGUGUGUUAGGAUGUUUCCGACUAAAAGUCUUCAAAAAAAAGAAAAAAGACAAAACCAAAUAAAAAUUGAAAAAGUAAAAACAAUCUGAUUUUUUUGCCAUAUUUUCAGUAUUUUUUUGAACAUUACUUCCAGGUAUUUGUAAUACUACUAUCAUUUUCUACUGAAAACAUUUUAAAAAUUUCGUUGAACGUUAAUAUUUGUAAAUACUCCCAUCAUCAUUUUGUCUCCAUAUAUCAUUUAAAUGUUCUUCUCACCAAUUUUAUUCAGUGAUCGUAUUAACUUCAAAAUGUGCUCUUAAGUUAUUUUAUUUAUUAUUUUGUACACAAAAACAGCAAACAGUAACCAACAGAUUCAACAGAAAUUGGUAAAUUCCAACCUAAAACCAUCAGCUUUUUUAUAAUUUUAGUAAAACCUAAUGAAAAAUUGUUGUUUUUUGCUGUCAAUUUUUUAAUAUUUUAGAAAAAAAGAGUGUUAUUUAAAUAAGGAAUUUGAUACCUUACACUUUAAAUUGUGAUGUUCGAUUUCUGACAGCAUAUAAAAUGUGAGAGAUGCUGAUAUUUUUUGUGUGAUUUUGCUACCUGUAGAAUCCAGAACUAGGAAAGGAUAUUACCUGACAAGUUCCAUUUUCAGGCCAUAAUAAUGCAGUCUCUUUGUCUUCUUAAACAUAAAUAAGUGAUUUAAUAAAUUGUGGCAAAUAUAAUCAAGAGUUUUGAUAUUUUUGGCUAGUAUAAUGAAGAUAAUUGAUUUUUUUGACGAAUUUAAUAAAGGUAAUUGUUACUUUUGGCAUAGGUAAUAAAUGCAUCUUGUUUAUUGGCAUAUAUUUUAUAAAGAUACUUAUUUUUUUGGCAAAUAUAAUGGGGAUAAUUUAGUUUUUUAGCAAAUAUCAUAGAUAAAUGUUUUUUUUUAAUAUAUAUAUAUUUAUUUUUUGGGGAUAAAUUAAUAAAGAUAUGUUAUUUUUCAGGCAUAUAAGAUAAAGAUUUUUUUAAUAAAUCGUGUGUCUUCAUAUAAUAGUAUACCUUAAUAAAAGUAAGUUUACAUAAUACAUUUUAUCUAUUUAUGUUAUAAAAUAUGUGGACAUAAUGUCAUUUCAGUAUUUAUGGAGAUUAUUUUACUUUUUAACAAUUAUAAAUCCAUUGUUUAAUGAUGCUAUUAAUGAAACAGUAGUAAACCCUUUAGUUGUGUAGAUGUUUGGAUAUUUGUGUAAUUUAUUAACUUAUUUUGACUGUGUGGUUGAGAGUUGUGUAGAUUUAUAUUAAUAUUGUAGCUGUACAUCCAAAGACAGACUAUUGAGUUACAGACAUUUGUAAAUAUAUAUAACAAUCAAUGAAUUCAUACAUUUCAGUUUAUCUUAAAUAUUAUUUAUCAUUAGGCGUAAACAAAUGUUUUUUUCCUAUUUCACGACCAAGACUUUAACAUUGUGAUAUUGUCUGGGUAUAUAUAUUAUGCACUUUUUCCGUGCAAGAAACUACCAAAAAUGAAUACCAAAAGGAGAAAGAAAUUAAGAGCCCAAAAAUGUUUGCUUGCUAGAAAGUAAUCAUUAGAGUCCGGUGCAAAAAAACGGUUGUUUCAAAAACUGGAAAUGAACAUUUGUUUUCCUUAUGGCUUAUCAAAAGCUAACUAAAACAAUAAAAAAUACCAUGCAUUUUCAAAAACAUCCAUUUCUUUAUAAAGGAUCUUUCAUGAGUUGCUAUUUCAUACAAAAAUAAAGGGAACGAGUCCAGGCUUCUGUUUCACGCUUUAUUAGCAAAAUGACAGCAACAUCUAGUUACAUGUAUACUAUACUACUGUAUUGUUGAAAUGGUGGAAAUUUAAAAUGUGGAAGAAAGAAAGGAAAGCAGGUAUGAGUCAAGGGGAAAAACUCUUCAAUAUAAUAUGAAACUAUAAGAGUGCAAAAGUUAUGCCCCUUUAUGUUGUAAAGAGAGACUUAUCAGUGCAAUAUUAAGCAACUAUGCAUUUGCUUUGAAAGUUAUCUUUAUUCAAGUGAUAAUAUGCUAACAGUAUUUUUAUUUUGAAACAUUCUGACCAUUUUUAUAGUUCAUCUAAGUAUUUGACUCCUUAGUAAUUUCUUAUUUAUGUAUGACCUUACUGCUAUUAUAACAGAUUAUAGAUAUACAUCAAUGAACACGCCAUUGAUAAUUUGAAAAUAAUGUCACGUAACUUCACAAAAUGGUUUAUUACUUCGAUGCAAAAUAUUUUCCUUCUCUAAAGCUUAUUGUACUAACAAGUUGAACAAUGUAUUUGAGAUUAAAAGGUGCUACAUGUAAAUAAAGGAACUGUUUAACGAACAACA